AUGUCGUCUUCUUCAUCUUCGCCUGAAAAUAUACACGGCAGAUUACUUUGGCAAACUAGUAGUGAGGAUUCUUCAGAUUCUGAAAAUGAGAAUCGAGUGAAAAGUCCAAGAGCCCCUCGAAAUUUUAGAAGACGAGUAGAUCACUUUACACGUGGAGCUAAUGCCGAGUAUUUUAGAAAUAGAAAAGGAUAUUUUUCUAUAAAUGUACAAGUAGUAGCUGAUCCAAAUUUAUUGAUAAGAAAUAUUGUUGCCCGAUGGCCUGGUUCAACGCAUGAUCAAACAAUACUGAACAAUAGCUCAAGAAAGGCACAGUUUGAAAAUAAUAGAUUUGGGAACUCUGUAAUGCUGGGAGAUUCAGGAUAUGCAUUAAAAAAAUACUUAAUAACACCUAUUGUUAAUCCAACAACUGAAGUGGAACAAGUAUUUAAUGAAUCCCAAAUUAGGAGUCGAAAUCCAGUUGAAAGAUUAUUUGGUGUUUUAAAAAGAAGAUUUCCUGUUCUCUCCCUUGGUAUAAGAUUAUCUCUGGAGACAGCACAGACUCUUAUUGUAGCAUGUGCAGUUCUUCAUAAUAUAGGAGUUAAUAUGAACGAGCCAGAACCUCUCCAAGAUGAUGAUCAGAAUAGAGAAUGGGAGGAAGAAGAAAAUGUGAAUGGAAAUGAUGUUCAUAGGUUGGAACAUAACUUUAGAGAAGAAUUUCUUAUAUACUUUAUGAAUCUAUUAGAAGAAAAUCAAUAA